AUGGAGGAUGCUGAUUAUGGGGCCCUCUUAGCAUCAGCUAAAUCUCCACAGUUCAGUCUUUUUGAUUGCAUUCACGACUUGCAGUACCACAUAUCUAACAUAGGUGUCCUGCAUUUCUUGGUACAACGAUUGUAUCACUACAGUUACUUGGACUUGGAAUUCUACAUCCCACAGUUCAUUCAAAUUCUCGUCAGUUAUGAAACCGAUUCAAUGGCACUACAGGAGUUUCUUCUAGACUACAGUAAAAGGUACCCUCAUUUUUGCCUUGUAACAUUCUGGACUUUGCAAACCUAUAUCUUCGAGUUGAAAGACCACCGAGAGUCAUACUCAUUCCAGAUUGUAAGAAGUUUCAUCAAUGAAUUGCAGGAACUAAUGUUUUCUAACCGCUCUAUUGGUGAAUCGCUGAGGUCCGGUAGUAGAUCAGAAUUCAGGGAGAACUUUCAGCCGUCUUUAAUUCUAUGCGGGGCUCUCGCAUCAUUGAUCGCAAUGCCUGAGAGUAAAGAUUAUAUCAAGCCAAUAGUUGUUUCCCAGAGCAAACAGCAAAAAUCAUUUUUGUUCAAAUUGGCAAAUUUUCACAAGGCACUCACGAAGAAUUUGACAAUCAAAAAUUCCAAACUUCUAGCCGAGGUCGAUGCGGAUGCAGAUGACGAUGUCAUGAAUUCUAAACCGGUGAUAGGAAAGCUUAAUCGCACUAGUACUGAAAAAACAGCGUCGCAGCGCAACCUGUUGAACGAGAGACUAUAUCGCACAUCUGACUCGUUGGAAAUGCCCAGGGAUCUGACCGAUAGUGAGUAUCACUCUGAGCCACCUUUAAAAAUCAACACUAGAAUUGUUUCAAAAAACUCAAGACGAAAAGUCGUGAACACAGCUUCGUCAGAUCAGCUUACACAUAACUCGAAUGAUGACUUGCAUCUUCACUCGCAUUCAAUGCCUGAUCUUCGCGAUGAAGAGAAAAAGCCCUCACUUGAUGAUCUUGCCAUAACCCCAGUUAUUUCCAAUUCUUCUUCCAUAUCCUUAGUUUCAAUUGACCAGCAGGAUGUGAAGCCUAAGAGAAUUAAGACACCCACAUUAAUUCCGGAACAUCAAGUGCAAUAUUUACAUUCAAAUUACUUCAAAAAGGAGACUGAGUUCAUGAUGGCAUUGCAGAAUGUUUCGAUGAGGUUGUCACUAGUUCCAAAAGAAGCACGCUUAACAGCUCUCAGAGCCGAGCUUUCCAUUAUCAAUGAUAAAUUGCUUCCAUCAGAAAUUGAUAUUCCGCAAUUGUUACCUGCUAGCUCUCAACUAAACAGAAAGUUUCAUAAAAUCUUGAGAUUAAGCGUCAACGAGACUUGUGUCCUCAACUCUGCGGAGAGGGUGCCCUACCUUCUUCUUAUUGAGUAUCUUAGUGAAGAAUUGGACUUCGAUCCAAGCUCUAAUCACAACAGGGCAAUAAUUUCGAGCCGCGCACAAAGUGAUCAAGUUUCUGCAUUCCGUUCCCAGAGUGCACUAGAUAAUGCUUCUAAAGGGUCUUCAACUCCUACAUCAAAUGUUGAUGAAAGUUUGGAGGAGGCCGAUCUUGGAGAUAUUUCAGUCGUUUCCUUGUCAAACGAAAGAUCGUUUUUGGCUAAUCAUCUAACUUCCAAGCAGACUUCUAAUUUGAGUAAGAGCCUUCGAAGACCAGUUGUGCUCGACAACCUCGAUGAAGAACACACAGAGGGACCAUUCGCAGAGGAAGUGACAUUGGUCCAAGACCCUUCGGUAACGAGGAGCUUAUCGACGCAAAUGAGGGUAGCAGCUGUCAUGCUUCAACAAUUAGAAAAGUCUGGUAAAGCAAAUUCUGACCAGUCAAAUGCCAUCAAAAAACGUAUCAUUGAUUCGAUGAAAGCAUUACAGGACCAGUUUGAUGGUUUCGAUUACGACCAAAUCAAAGAGCUAAAGUCAAUCAACCACGGUCAUACCUUGGGGGAUGCUGGAGAACGUAAGUUAGAGAACGACUUCAAAUUAGGGGAGGACUGGCUCACCAAGAAAAAUCGAAUUAGACAAGCAAGCUCGUACGGCCACCUUAAAAAUUGGGAUAUUUGCUCAGUCAUCGUGAAAAAUGGUGACGAUUUACCCCAAGAAGCUUUCGCUUGUCAGCUAAUUUCCAUUAUAUCAAAUAUUUGGAGGAAUGAAAAUAUCGGCGUUUGGACGAAGAAUAUGAAAAUUCUUGUUACCAGCGCCAAUUCUGGGUUGGUGGAGACAAUCAACAAUUCAAUGUCCAUACAUUCGAUAAAGAAGUCGCUUACAGAAAUUUCAAUCAAUAAUGGCUCAAAUCCAAGAGGCAGAGUUGCGUCCUUGAAAGAUUAUUUCCUCAAAGUAUAUGGCAAUGAGGACAGUCAGUCAUUCAAAACAGCUCAGAAAAACUUCACCAAAAGUUUAGCCGCAUAUUCUAUAAUAUGCUAUGUUCUUCAGAUAAAAGACCGGCACAACGGAAACAUCAUGCUAGAUAACGAAGGACAUAUUAUUCACAUUGAUUUUGGAUUCCUUCUAUCAAACUCUCCCGGAAGUGUUGGUUUUGAAGCAGCUCCUUUUAAGUUUACAUUUGAGUACACAGAAGUUAUGGGAGGUAUGGAUAGCGCAAAUUUUGAGUUGUUUAGGCAAUUGUGCAAAGAAAGUUUCAAAGCAUUGCGUAAGAACUGCAAUAACUUGAUCAAUAUCGUGACUUUGAUGCAGAAAGAUUCCGGACUUCCUUGCUUCAGAAACGGCGCGCAGACCAGUGUGCUUUUAAAGCAAAGACUUCAACUUGAUUUGACUGAGGAAGAGUGCGAUAAUUAUGUGGAUACAGCCUUAAUUGCUAAGAGUAUUGGUAGCAUAUACACCAGGCUAUAUGACCAAUUUCAACUCUUAACACAAGGGAUAUACACAUAA